AGUCGACGUGGCUAAAAUCCACCUUGAAACGCCCCUUUGCAAGCCGCAAGGCUGUCGCAGCUUGUGCAAAUUGCAGCACGAGCGAGCAGCGCGCGCACGGCCGCAAUCCAUCCGUAGCCCUUCGAGCAAUGCAAGCUGCAAUGCAGCGUGCGCUACUCGCAGCAUGCGUCACCCGAGCAGUAGCACUCACGAUGCCCUUCGCCACGCCCGCGACCUGGAAGGUGCACACGCUCGGCGGUCCGCGAGUGGCCAAGGUCGACGGCGCGUACACGCUGUUCUACCACUACCGGCCGCUCGAAGACAAGGACGACCCGGAGCUGCCGCCCCUCUCCACGGGUCGAAUCGGCCGCGCGACGAGCCCGGACGGUCUAGAAUGGGAGGUCCAGCACGACGGCCUGGGCGAGGGUGGCUCGAGCGUCUCGAAGGCGGAGGACUGGUUCCAGCACGACUGCGGCCACGUGGGCUGCGGCGACGUGUUGUCUGGAGACGCCUGGUUCCUGUACACCUACGGCGGGUCGAACGCGCCGAUGGCGCUGCGGGAUUUAGGCGUGGACAGGGACGGCGAGGUCUACGGCAUGGACAUGAAAUUAGGUGUGUGCGUGUCCCAGGACGGCAUCAAGUUCGGGAGGUUCGAGGGCGACGAGGCGGACGGGAGCCUGCUGGGGCCGCCGCCGGCCAAUAGCUGGGAGCGGCGGAACGCGCCGGUCGCGUGGCCGGCGGUCUGCGAGGACCCCGGCGGCCAGACGGGCGACCUUCUCUUGUUCUACGGGACGACGCAGGACGCUACCGGUCUAUCGGCGUGUGGCCUGGCGCGCUCGUCGAACGGCGUGACCUGGCGACGGGCGACGCCGGCGUCGCCGUGCAUCGCGCCGGGCGACGACUGGGACGCGGGCGGCAUCCUGCGGCGGAGCGUCCUGCGGCGCGGCCGGGAACUGCUCAUGAUCUACGAGGCCAAGUCCGCAGAGGGGGUCCACGCGUUCGGCCGCGCGACGUCCGAUGAUGCGGGCGUCACGUGGACCAAGACCGGGCGAUGUUUUGAGAGGGGCGACACGUGGGACGCGCACGCCAUCUCGGCGCCGCAUCUUCUGGAAGAAGAUGGUAUUCUACGGCUGUACUACGCGGGGAGCGCCGAGGCCGGGGGAAGCGCCUCGCUGGGCGUCGCGGAGUCGUCGGACUACGGCGUGACGUGGACUAGGCUCUAAGAACAAAUCACAAUU